AUGUUGCUCCACUCAAUUUUUGCAUUAUUCUCUCUAUUCCACGUAAACGGAUUCGUUGUUGGAAAUGAGCCCAAUUUGAUCCAUUUUUCACCGGAAAAUCAGACAUCAGAACCUAAAAAUCGGCUCUAUAACCCCCUCGUUUGCGAAACCGAGCUGACAGGUGAUAAAACCUGAAUUUUUGAUUCAAAAUAAUAAUUUUUCCAGGCACUUUUUACGGAGAACCAGUGAACCAGGGUCGAUCACAUGAAGAUUGUGCACCGGACGUGACUUUUUGUCAGAAAAUCACUGGCCAUUUUUGUAAGAUUUUAGUGAUAAGAGAUAUUUUAUUGCAGAGAAAAAAUAGAAAUUUUUCAUUUUUUUUUUCGGAAAAUUGAAUAAAAACCCCGUGAUUUUCUAUUUUAAAUGAUAGACAGACAGCUGGUCUUCACUUCGAAACCAUUGGUCGCACUUGGAAUGGAUCGGUUAAGAAGGGAUUGCUUCCAUACCCCGCCGACCGAAAACUACUUGCGCGAAAAGAUAUAUCACUUGUAGGCUUGAUCAGAAAAGAUUCCAGCAAUUUCAAAAUUGAUGUUUUUGUGAUUUAGAUUGUUUUUCGCAAUAUAAAAGAAAAUCAGGAUUUCGAGAGAGCAAAAAAAUUGGGUCUUACAACCAAAUAGCUGAGAGAACACAAAAGUUUCAAAUUUUUGUUCAAAGUUGACUCCACUCGAAAAAUGGAAAACGUAAAAUGAUUUUCAAUUUUUCCACUUCUUCCGAAAUUCCAAUUUCGUCUAUAGAACGUCAAUUUUUAAAAACACUGAUUAUUGAAAAAUCUCUGUUAGAUAAGUUUACGAUGAAGUCCCAAUUUAUUGUUUCAGUCGACCAAGCUGGGCUAGAAACGAAAGUGGUGAUGCGGGGAUGUGAUACAGUCACCUACAAGAACCAGAAUGGGCAGUUCGACGGCCUAAGUUGCGCUGUAAGCUUUGUGUCCUUCAAUUUUUUGCUGGAACGGUUUUUCAAAAAUUAUUUUCACACGUCAGGAAUAUCAAAAGUUCUAAGAAGGAGGUCUUUACUUUGUGGUUGGGAAAUUUCUGAAAAAAAAAGUGAGAUUACUCCUUGAUGGACCUGAAGAAGAUUAUGUCUCCGCCUGCACAAAUUUCUAGUUCUUGAAAAUAUCCAUCUUGAAGUCGGAGGAGUUCAUCAAGAUCCUUCAAAAUGGGCCAUUUAGAGACGUUGGGAUCAAAUUUCUCCUUAACUAGAAGGUCGAACAUGCUAUUUAGGAACGCUAGAGAGGUCCUUUAAGUGGUUAUGUAAUAACUCUAGAGUGGUCCAUAGAGUGGCCAGGGAAAAAAAGCCCAUUCAGGGACCGAAUUGCAACGGGGUAAAACUUGGAUGAGAGUCCCCAAACUUCAAACCCUCAAAACUAAAACUAUUGAAAAACUAAUUUUGAAAAUCUGAAGGCUGGAAAAAAAUUGAAUUUCGACGUCGAUAUGUGAACACGUACCAUUGGAACAUUUUUGCAGAACUCUGAAAACAUUUUGGCGUAGGGUAGAACCGAACCAGAUAGUAGCCGCCUCAUAGUCGCGCCCUCAACCGCUGCGCCAAUCACAUCGAAGUCUCCUUAUAUCUCAUUUGCAAGCAGAUACCAUUCCGCGGUGUUAUAGGGAUCUUUGUGCAAACUUUGAGACGUCCGUUCUCGAAAAUUAUCGAGUUGUGCAGGUACAGAUUUUCAGGAUCUUCAUCUGGUACUUCAGAGAGUAUUCUGGCCAAUUUUUAGGAAAUUCCCAACCGCAAAGUAAAAUGACCUUUCGUGUAAGCCAGUUUUAGGAAACUUCAUUACGAUAAUGAAAGGCCUGAUAAACUUCAGGAAACUCCCACCCCCAAAAUAGAACGACCUUUCUAAUAAGGGUAUUCAUUCGAUCAGCACCUUUUUGCAGAAAGAAGGCUGCUACACCCACAACGACAACGACGAAGGCUACAACGUCUGUUGCUGCAAUUCGGAUAGCUGCAACUCCAAAAACCAAAAAACUCUCGCUUUUGCAAUCGUUUCGGGUUUUCUGACCCUUUAUUUCCUAAUAAUUUGA